UGAUAAAUUGUGACAAUGAAAUUAAAGUGAUUAUAUAACAUAGUAUAGUGUAUAAUAUCGUGUAUUUGUGCGUAACUCUUAUCCGUCUGAUAUCUUCAACACUUUCACCUGUAAAACAGGUGAAAGUGUUUCCUUCAUACAUGAAUACUUGAAUCUACACGGUGAACUACAAACAUACAUGAGUAGUCUGUCUAUUGAGUCUGUUUUGAGGCUCUAUAAUGUGCCCUUUGUAUAACAUAGAAACAAGUAUUAAUGCCCUCUUCAGUUUUCUUUUUGCCCCUGCUCUUCAGAAAGUCUGUGCACUCAAAGAUUGGAAUGAUCCGUAACAAUUUUGUAACUGUAACGAUGCAGCGCGUGACAACUGUAUCGCAGUACCAAACUUGAAAAAGUGGAAGUAGUGAGGAAAAAAAAUCCUCCACUAAAGUAAAGAUACAGCAUUUUAGUACAGUAGUGAAGUACAUGAUACAUCUCUGGUUUUUGGUGAGUUUAUCAUUUGUUAUGUGGUCACACUGAGUUGGGAGAUAGCAGGUCACGUGUGUGUGUGUGGUUUCCUUUCUCCUUCCUUUUGUAUCACAGUCACUGAGUCAUAUACCUUAUACUGUAUAGACUGCUGCUUCUUCCAUUUGAAGUUGUUGGGUUUGGGUAGAGCAGAAAAUCAUUACUUAGAAAACUAAAAGCAAUAUUUUCACAAUUGUUAAAUCUGUUACAUUCCACAGUAAAUUCUACACAUGAGCUUAUUUAGUGUUUUAAUAACAGCUGUCCAUGUUGUUAUUAACAAAGUACUGUAACUGUAUCCGGUGUAGCGUGUGUGAGUGUUAUGUAAUCUCUUUUGUGUCAGCACAUGAGUAUUGUCAACAUGAGUUUAUUCACAUUGUCAUAAUACUGAGGUUUGGAAGACGUGGAAUUCAGCUGCAAUUGUAAAAUGCAAUGAAACACACACACACACAUACACAUGGCUAACGUAGCCAUGUGUAUGUAGUAUCUAAAAUGUGACAAAACCAAGAAAUGUUUACAACAGCAACGUCACAAAAAACUCACAAAACUCUGGAAGAAGCUGAAGACACAGCUGUUACAUUAGAUUGUUCUUAACGCUCAUUAACAAGAUAAGAUAGUCCUUUAUUUAUCUCGCAGUGGGGAAAUGUACAUUGUUACAGCAGCAAGACAGUAAAGAUGAAGAUAAUAAACACGCAUUAAUAAAAAAGAUAUUGUAUUAUUUAUUAUACAUAUUUCCUGAAAUAUAACUCACAUUUAAGCACGUUGAAUGAGUGUAAGGUGACUUGUCAGUCUCCACAAGGAAGUGAUGAUAAUGCAUAACUUGCGUGAAGAGAGGCAUCUCAACAUGGGGGAGGGGAGGGGAGGAAUUAUCGAGCGAAGACUACGAGGUUCCAGAGAGAGACCGACCGCGAGCAGUCAAGAUGAUUGAACGAAGGACAUUGGUGCUGCUUACACUCGUCUUAUAUUGUGUUCCACGUCCAUCUCUUGCAUACAAACUAAACUGCACUUACAGUAAGACCCCUGAAGGCCACAUGUACAGCGUAUCACCUCCACCAAGUUGCAACGAAAAUGACCAAGCUGACUUUAGUUGGUCACAUAACAAGACAGUUUUGGCAACUCGCGAAACGAGGGUACCUGGAGUUGUGACGAGCAAUGUCACCACUGUGGUCAUAGACAGAUGUGUGUCCAAGAUGGAGUAUGAAGUAAUUUGUGAGGAUUUGCAGCACUACCCGGGUGUCUGUGAGCCCAACUGCAGUGCAAUUAAAGAGAAGUUCGAAGGUGAGGAUGUGCUACAAGUCACAGUCUCUGAGAUGAGAUCUUUGUUGGAAGCGACCAGUUUAGAAAGGGAAGCAGUGUUUGUGUCCUCCAUGCUACUGUGUCACAAGACUGUUUCUUUCAUCUCAAUUGUUUUUGUAGCUGACCACACCACCGUCAAGAUGGCUGUCUCUGAAGUUGUGAUUCUGGUGGUGGGGCUGGUGCUGGCGGUGGCUGGCGGGCUGAUCUAUAAAUUCAGAAAUUGCAUCAAAAGUGGUUGGGUGAAACUACGUGGUGUGAAAGAGACUGAGGGCACCUCGACUGUUGUCUACGUUAGCGAUGGACUAACACAAUGAGCUGAGACCUUCACCUCCACGUAAUUGGUGCUGACAGCCAGAGGUGCUGCCUUGAUCAUUUUCCUUCUUUCCUUACUCUGCGACUUCCUGAAAUUGUCUGACAGCAGAGAUAAGUUUUUACGCUUCAAUCAAACAAAUCAAACAUCUAUAAUAGGACUUUAAUAAUAUGGAUCGACUUUUUGCUUUUUUUCCACGUAUAUAAUCUUGGCAAUGGGACUAAUAUUUCUACUAUUUCUACAAACUAUCAAUGAAUUAGUGAUCAUUCAGGUCAAUCCUGUAUGUAAAUCAGAUUUACUUAACUGUGACCACAGUUGCCUUCAGACAUAUUUAUGACUGGACAUUUAUGACUCACAUUUCCCUUUUUUAAACACAAAAGAAAAAGAUUUUAAGGUUAUUUUUUUAAUCUCAUUUGACGACGCAUCUUCGGUCAGGAGCUGGCUGUGGGAUGCAAACAAAGCACAAACGAUAGUUUUAAAAGUGUAAAAGUAAUAUAUUGUACUGUUUACAUACUGUAGAAAGUUCCUGACGCUGUGGAAGCUCAUGGACUCUUUGCUGGGCCAGAGCGUGCACUCUGAGGACCAAAGCUUAGCAGCAAUAAUACUGUAACGCUCCCAAAACUAUUUAUAGAAUAUAUAUAUGUAGUAUAUAUUAUACUACAUUAACUAUUUAGUAUCAUAUAUUUAAUGAUGUAUUUAAUAUUUAUAUAAAAAGCAUGUUUAUAGUGUGGGACAAUGCACAUAAUAUAGUUAUAAUAUACCCCUAUACACAUAUACAUAUACACAUUAUAUAUAAAUAUAUAUAUAUAUAUACAUGUGGUAAAGCAUUACCUCCUUGAUGGAGGAAUAAUACAUACAGUAUAAACACUAUAUGGAGUUGAUCUGCCUUCUGCGGCCAUAAAAGCUUGCACAACUCUUGGAAGAACCUUCCUCAAAAUGUUUCCACAAAAGUUGCCUUAGAGAUUGUCCUUCAUUGGAGAUAAGAUAUAUUAUAAAAGAAUAAUAUUAUAUAAUAAUAGGAAAGGGUUAGUGUUAAAGGAUGUAUGGUUGUUCUGGAUCAAACUGUGUUGUGAGCCUUUUAUGUCCACUUAUUUAAUGUCCCUGUCUUAAGCUAUUUAACUUGAUUAUUCCUUUUUUUCUGUUAACAAAAUCAUGUUUCACUGUCUUUUCUUACUUCUAAUCAAUAGAAAUGCACCAAAAAAAAAGGUCUCUUGUUUUUAUUGUUUCUGUGGGUGUGGUUUUGAUUGUCUGCUGAUUUUUUUGGGCCAAUCGAGAAGAGGCUGAUGGUGUCACUUGUGAGAAAGUGAAGUUUGUUUAAAGAUUCAGAUUGGAGGUCACUGUUUACUCACACAAUAUGAGAAAGUCAUAGGUUGUUAAUGAAAUAACUUCUUUAAGUUUAUAAAGUGACAAAACCGUCACUGUGGUGGAUAUGCAGGUGUUACAGUAUCAUGACGAUGAUACUGCAUGUGGUAUUUCGGUAAGAGAGCUGUGAGUUGGUAUCUGAGAGGAAACUCUCCGAUGGUUUUUUAGGUUUGUUGAGCCUGUCGUGUUUGUACAGUAACUCGUGAUUUGGCCCUUUCUUCAAGGUUCUGUAUAUUGCACAUUCUUAUAGCCUCUGUAUAAACUGUGUGUUUAAACAUAAAGAAACAAUACUGCGAUAUGUGUGGUAUGUGAGGCUAAAUAUGGUCUUUAGAUAAUAGAUCAGUAUCAGUAAGACAACUGUGGGUAUUAAUUAAAGUGUAUGUGUCAACUAAAGGGUGUGGCUCACCUGGCUGAGCGGGUCACUGCCGGUUCUGUUGUAAAUGUGUGUGAUCGACCCAGUAUUUGCUCACUGCUGUCGCUGAAAACUUCCCUGACUGGUUAGUUGACCCCUGCAGUUGUUCAUGAGUUCUGUUCACUGUGCAUAAAGAUGAGUUUGGGCUUGUGACUUGAAUAAACUUAAACUCAGCAGUUGUCAGACA